CCUAUUUCUUCCAAAAUGAGGGCACACCAAAUAGAAUACCAGCAAUUCAGUAAAGAGAUGAGGAGAAUUUCUCUGCUUUGCCCUCACAAUGGUAUUAUUCCCUUUAUCUCUUUCUUUACUACAACAACUAUUAGAGCUUAUUCUUCAUGUCAUAGUAAUAAAUCCAUUUCAGUAAAAGGUAAACUUGGGUUAAACAUUAAUUUUGAGAAGGUCAAGUGUUUAGAUGAUGCUGUUACUCUCUUCCAUCAAAUGGUUACAACACAGCCUCUUCCUUCACUUCUUGUCUUCAGUCAAUUAUUUAAAACUAUGCUAAAUAUGAAGCAUUAUUCUUCUGUCAUUUCUCUUUUUCAAGAAAUGCAGAAAUUAGGUAUCCCCAUUAAUGAUUUCAUCUUGAAUAUCGUGAUUAACAGUUAUUGCCUGAUGCAUCGUGCUGAUUAUGGAUUUUCGGUGUUGUCCAUUUACUUGAAGACUGGCAUUUCGUUUAAUGAUAUCACCUUUACUACCCUAAUCAGGGGAUUUUUUGCCGAAAAUAAGGUCAAAGAUGCAGUUGAGUUGUUUAAGAAAUUGGUGAGAGAGAAGAUUUGUGAACCCGAUGAAGUCAUGUAUGCAACUGUCAUGAAUGGGCUUAGCAAAAAGGGUCAUACUCAAAAAACUUUAAGUUUGCUCCGGUUAAUGGAACAAGGGAACACUAAGCCCAACAUAGUUAACUACAACAUCGUCAUAGAUGGCCUCUGCAAAGAUAGAAAUUUAGAUAUUGCUAUAAACCUUUUGAACGAGAUGAAGCAGAAAGGCAUUUCUCCUGACAUAGUCACGUAUAGUUCAUUGAUUGAUGGUUUCUGUAAGCUUGGUCAGUGGGAAAAGGUUAGGACUUUGUUCUCUGAGAUGGUGAACCUUAAUAUUUAUCCAAAUGUUCACAUCUUCAACAUAGUGACAGAUGGACUUUGUAAAGAAGGAAAAGUUGAAGAUGCCGAGGAAGUAAUGAGACAUAUGAUAAGAAAAGGUGUAAAUCCUGAUAAAUUCACUUACAAUGCGAUAAUGGAUGGAUAUUGUUUGCGUGGUCAAAUGGAUAGAGCGAGAAGCAUUUUUGAUAUCAUGAUAGAUAAGUGCAUUGAGCCUGACAUUAUUUGUUAUACUAUACUAAUAAAUGGAUAUUGUAAGAAAAAGAAAUUGGUUGAGGCCAUGCAAUUAUUUGGUGAAAUUUCUCAAAAGGGAUCAAAGUCUGAUACUUUUACCUACACUACUAUCUUGCAAGGUCUUUUUGAAGUUGGAAGAAUUGGUGAUGCUGAAAAAAUUUAUGCCGACAUGCUAUCUGCGGGCCCCAUACCUAAUAUAUACACUCAUUGCACUUUGCUCAAUGGUUAUUUUAAGUACGGACUUGUUGAAAAGGCUAUGUCACUCUUUAAUAAGUUGGAAAGAAAGAGAGAAAAUACCAAUAUUGUAUUCUACAAUAUUAUCAUUAGUGGAUUAUGCAAAAAUGAUAAACUCGACAAAGCUCGUUCGAUUUUUGAGAAGCUUUCUUUCAUUGGAUUGCUUCCGGAUGUGAGAACAUACACUGCUAUGAUAAAUGGAUUUUGUCUUGAAGGGUUGUUUGAUGAAGCUAAAGAUAUUCUAAGAAAAAUGGAAGACAACGGUUGCUUACCAAACAAUGUCACUUACAAUGUUAUUGUGCAAGGAUUUCUCAGGUGCAACAGAAUUAGUGAAAUGGCAACUUUCAUGAAGGUAAUGGCUGGAAAGGGGUUCUCAUUUGAUGCAACUACAACUGAGUUUUUGAUAAACUUUAUAAGGGAGAAUCCUUCCGUGGUUGAGAUGAUACCAGAGCUUCACUUGAAAAAUAAGAAGUGAAUAUUUCUUUCGCUUGGUUUAUUCGACUACGCUAGGGUUGUGUUACAAUUUCCUUCUUAUCCCUUCCAAUACAAUUGCAGAAGCUGAUGGCAAUCAGAACGCUGCUUGAGUUUUCUAGGCAGGCCUAUCGAGGAGGUUGCUGACUUACUGUGGUGGAAGUUUCAGACAGACAGUAAGUUUACUUGGGAGGCAUUUAACCGGACUGGCUGUGGAGAACAAUUGCAGCUCCGACAGCCACCUGUUUCACGUGUUUAACCCAUGACACCUUGCAAAAAGAGGAAGCGUUUUUGUGUGGCUGAUGCUUUUUGUGUGGAAGUGUCAAUGAAUCGGUAAAUCACCCACUGCUUCACUAGAGAGAUCUGGAGAAUCUUUCUUGCUAUUUUGUGGGUCAUGCCAGGAUGCAUUAAACUUGCACUGAGCAGCUGAUACGAGCAGUCUUCAUCAAGGGACAACAAGCACUACACAACUGCUAUUCCUUCCUGCCUUUUCUGGUCCAUUUGGAUGGAGAGGAAUGAUAGACGUCUCAAUGAAAAGAUAAACAAGAAUAAAAAGGUUUUGCGAGACUGGAUCACCUUGCCUUGGACCUGUCUGAUUAGGGAAAAACAAUUGAUAAUGAUAGAUACUCUAACAGUAGUAAUACGAUACGUAAUCUGGGAAUUCUUAUUCAGUGUAAUGGCUUCUAAGCGAUUUGGAGCCAAAUGUUAUUCUCUGAAAUUUUCCAUAACUCAUGGUAGUGUCAAUGGGUAUCAAAAUGCUUUCUUUUGUGUAUAGGAAUUCAAGAAAAUGGUUUGUAAUUGUUGAGAGUGGCUCCUUUUCUUCCUUUAUUACCCUGUGGAACUGUUGUAUUUGGUUUCUCUAUUUAUCCAAGGAUGAUAGCUAGGCUUGAUUGCUGAAGAAUGAAAAUGUGUCCUAACUCCUAAUAGCACGGACUUGGUUUGACAUGUAAUAAUUGCUGCUUGUAGUAUUUGAUUGUUGAAAGAAAAAUAAAGAAAACAGAGUGAGAAACUUUGGCCUUCUUGUUUUCUCAUGGUUUCUAUAAAACUAAGAAAUUAAAAGAUGGAAGAACAAGCACUCUUACUGCUACAUGUCCAAGGGGUGGUGGCCGCGCUUAUUAUAUUCUUCUGUGGCCAAUUAAUACAUUGACCAGUUAUCUGUUAGUAUUGACGGCAUCUUUCUUAUUACGUCAAAAUC